UUGCAGGAAUCAAAGUGGAAAAGAUGUACAAAACUUAUUUCUGGCGAAGAAAAACCAAAUCAGAGUAGGAAUUUAUCGACUGUAGCAACUUCCGACAUCUACAGAUCUGAUCAAGACUGCUUACAUGUUUUAAGCAAACGCUUUAUUCAUCCUCCUGUUUCAAAAGAAGAAAGGCAGUCACCAAUCGCUUUUGGCCUGACUGUUUAUAAAGGUGCGCGUCUGUUUGAAAAAAUUCUACGAGCUGUUUACAUGCCAAACAAUAUGUAUUGCAUUCAUAUCGACAAAAAGUCUUCAGCUGUCUUCCGUAAAGAGAUAAAGGCUGUUAUACGUUGCAUUCCAAACGUUUUUAUCGCAGCAAACAGUGUUGACGUCACCUGGGGACAUAUUUCAAUAGUUCAAGCUCAAUUCAGUUGCAUGGAAGAGCUUUUGAAAUCGACUGUUAAAUGGAAAUAUUACAUUAGUUUAGUUGGACAGGAUUUUCCUCUUUACGAUAACAAGCAAAUUGUCAAGGCACUAAAUGGUCUUAACAACUUUAAUAACAUAGUAAGUAGACCAGUUUCCAAAAAGUUGCAAAACAGAACUAAAUAUGUCCACUUAUUAAUCGAUAAUAAGGUUGUAAUGACUGGUCGACCAAAAUUACCCCCUCCACAUAAUAUUUCGAUCUAUAAAGGAUCAACACAUAUCAUUGCGUUAAGAGAAUUUGUCAAGUUUGUUCUUCAUAGCCAAAUGGCAAAAGACUUUUAUGAAUUCUUAAAGGAUACUUUUAUCCCGGAUGAAACGAUAUACUCGUCUCUACAACGGAAUCCUCAAGCCCCAGGCGGAAUCAAUGGCGAUCAACCGAAGUCCAUAUCACGUGUCUUGGCCUGGCCAGCCCAUAAGUCAAAUAUCUGUCAUGGAAAGUGGGUACGGAGUCUUUGCUGGAUUUCCUUGAAAGAUUUACAAUGGGUCCUAGGAGAAGAACAGAGAGACAAACUCUUUGUUCAUAAGAUUCCGUUUGACUUCAACGAUGAGCUGAUAGAAUGCAUUCUUGUUGCAAGGCAGGGAAGAAAAUAUGCAACUGCUGUGUGGAAACAGGAAUUGUGGGAUACAGCGUCUUAA